UUUUCCUUUGUGCUCGCUAACAGAGUACCCAUUUACACUAGUAUUCCGCUUCUCGCAAGCAUGAUACAUGACGAGAUGAUGAGGAUGACAUGCAGUACCGAAUGCAGCAGCAGCUUCGACAAGAUUUAUACAACGAUGUGCAUGAGGUUGGAGGGGUAGCAAGGAGAUCCAUAGGCUGCAAAGGUGGUAGUAAGGUCACGAGGUGUAGGCCGUUUAUCCCAUGUAUUAGGUACGUCAAUUUAUCGGCGACGAUUGCACUAGAUAUUUGCCUACUUGAUGUACUAUUUGUGGUACUGAGACCGUAUAUUUCUGGUUUGAUAUUAUAUGCGCAACUGCUGACAGUUGCUCAGUAUUGUUGUUUCGUUGCACCAUCCAACAGGCCUUGUGCUACGCCCACGCAGGGCAGCCCACCCCUCAAGUCUUCAGGACUCGGAUAUGCCACGCCCUGCGAUGGCCCCCCGCUUCAUGAUAGAUCAUGAUGAAUACUUAGUUUGAUAGAAUUGCACUCGUAUGGAGAAAAAUGGAAAUAAUGGUAGACCAUGCCAUCUCCAUGUGAUAAAGUAGCAGGUACGAUGUGAAUCUCACGUAUUCUUCGGAUUGGAGCUAGCGCUGAGAACUUCUGCAUGAUCAUGCAUGAUCUGCACAUGCUACUAAACUUGUAGAACCCUGAGACUCCGAAAGUUGUCAGCGGACGCCGUCACAAUCAAGAUUUAAACAGUGACUCAUAUUCACACAUUA